AUGGGUGGACCAAGGAGCAUGCUCAAGACUGCCCUUGUACGCUUUGGUCACGAAAAGACCCACGGUUACUCAAGCCCAAGCAAAGUGCCCAAAAAGAAAAAGAAACCGACAAAAGAAAAUAUGGCAGAGAAAGAAGAUGGAAAAAGAAAGGAUUACCACUAUUAUCAUUACUGUCCAAUGGAUGGUUGUACAUCGCUUGUAAAAAGAAUGCCUCCUCAUCUUAAGAAAGUUCACAAACUACUUCCAGAUUCCACCGAAUACAAGGCUGCAUUGUCAAGGGUGCGAGGACCCGUCAGUGAUUCACAACGGCGACCUUAUCAUGAAAGACAACGUAGCUCUGGGAGAGACAAGCGUGAAUCUCCUGUGAUUGUUGAGGAGCUUGUCGAGAGUGAAGAUGAAAUAGAAGUCCCUAGAAAAAGUUCAAAGAAGUAUAAACGUAUAAGAAUUCUUGACGACAGCGAAAGCGAAGAGAAAGAAAGUGAGCAUAGAAGUAUUCACACAAGAGUUGAGGAGAUUGAACACAUAAGAGUUGAAGCGAUUGAAAAGAUUGAAGAUGAGACAGAUGAAAACGGAAGCUCCUUUGAAAAUCCACAAAAAUUGGCUGACGAUGUCAUGGAGGUCAGCUUGAUGAGAAAACCAGCCAUCAGCAUGGGAAGCAAGUUUCAAAGCUUUUGAAGGUGGUGGAUGACAAGUGCAAUUUGACAUCUUUGUUUGACGGCUGCCUUAUUAACCAAAAGUUCCUCGAGGACUAUGCAAAGAAAGAAUACCACCCCAAAACAACACAGAGUUAUCUUAUGAGUCUACGCCACUUUUACUCCUAUUCCCUCACUGGGCAAGUUGGACUAACCAUUUCUAAGGAAACUGUUAUCUCUUUGAGAGACAAGGUCGGCCGGUGGUCAUCAUCAUUUCGCCAGAACUGCGCCAAACGACAAUGGGAAAAGAUGGAAGAAGACUUCCAUGCUUUGAUCACUCCAGAUCAAAUAAAGCGGUUUGAAACAAGCAAAGCUGCAAGAGAUGUUGUAUGCUUGUUAGGUCAACUGUCCGGUGCGCACAACAUCCAGAUCACCCAAGCUCAGUAUACUUUGAUUCGAGAUUUUCUCCUAGUUGAGAUAUCUAUUGACAACGCUAAUAGGGCGGGGGCUCUUGCGAACAUGACAGUAGCGGAAUAUGACAGAAUGACAAAGGAAAGAGACGAAUUUGUUGUUCUUGUGAAGAAUCACAAGACAGUGAGCACCCAUGGUCCCGCCAGAAUUGUUUUCUCCGCAAAAUUGAAAAGCUGGAUGGACGUCUUCCUCAGAGAAGUGCGUUUGAAAAUCACUGCUUCUAACACUGGGCCAGACAAUUGUGUCUUUAUAACGUCCACUGGAGAGGCUAUGGUUUCAAGUCAAAUCAACAAAGCCAUUAAGUCCGUAUGGAAGAAGGCCGAAGUCGAGGGUGCGCCAAGCUCCACAUUAUUCAGAAAAUCAGCAGUGUCAAGCGUGCACAGCUGCAGCGAAAGCAAUGAAGCAAGAGGAAAUUUGGCGGAUUUGAUGGCCCAUAAUGUUUCCACUGCCACGCCGAUUUUAUCGACGAGUAGAAAAAUCGAAAUCCUCUGUCAAGGCUUCCCAACAUCUGCGUCAAGUCAUGCGCGGGGAUGA